AUGGAGAGUGAUAGGACAACCAACUGUGACACCUUGGGGACAACUAUUUUAACUAAAGAAAGCGAGGUUGAAACAUCUAAUGAACCAAGACAUGUACGUUUAGAACAGCAGAAAGCGGCAAGGUCAGGGAGUGUGAAUCCUGGGACAACCACCACCGAAACUAGUGAGUCAGGUAUUGAUCAAAAAAAUGAGAAAGCACACUUAUUAUCCGCAUCUAAACAAGAUAUACUGGCGGCACGAAGGAACAAAUUAGCUCAAUGGAAGAAACGUAAAAUCGAAGCAGAUAAAGAAGAACAGAAGAAGCGAGCUGGUGUAACUCCACCUCCUUCUAAGAAGCCGAAGAAUAAGAAACGGGGGAAGAGAAAUCCACUUGAAAAUUCAGAUGAAACUGUUGAAAACAUUAUUCCAUCAACAACAGCGGCACCGCUUUUUAGACCAGAUCCUCAAGACACCAUUGAGCACCACACACUGCCCCAACAGCAUGAUAAGGAAGAUCCUCAAGACACCAUUGAGCACCACACACUGCCCCAACAGCAUGAUAAGGAAGACCCUCUCGACUCGUUUAUGGAAUCUCUACAAAAUGAAGAACAAAUCCCGGACGCGACGGAUCUUACAAGGGCUUCCGUUGAUUUAGAUGCGGAUGAACUGGAUCAAAAUACCAUCGAAGAAGACGAAACAGUUGAUGAGGAAUCAGGCAUGCAAGAAUCUAAAUUGAAAACUAUUGCCAAGGCAAAACUGUUAAGAAAGGUAUUAGGAGUUGACUAUACCACUAUGGAACUUGAACAUAUAAACAAGAGCUUGUACCAUGAGCCAGAGUCGUUGAAGAAUUUGUCGCAGGAGGACAUGGUUGAGCUACGUUUCAGUCUGGGCAACAUAAAGGUCAAGGGUGAAAACUGCCCUAAACCGGCAACGAGAUGGUCCCAGUUAGGUUUAGAUACAUCAAAAAUGAAUCUUAUUGAGAACGUCUUUAAGUUUGAUUCUUUAACGCCGAUCCAAGCUCAGGCGCUGCCCGCUAUAAUGAGUGGGAGAGACGUUAUUGGCAUUUCAAAAACUGGGUCUGGUAAGACGAUAUCUUACCUACUACCAUUAUUGAGACACAUAAAAGCUCAGCGACCCUUGUCCAAAAACGAAACUGGACCACUGGCCUUGAUCAUUGCACCUACAAGGGAGCUGGCUCUCCAAAUAUAUCAGGAGACUUUGCGGUUUUUGGAUAGUGAUAAAUCGCUGCGAGCGAUCUGUUGUACUGGGGGGUCUCAAUUGAAAACACAAAUUAAUGAUUUGAAAAGGGGGACCGAGAUCGUAGUAGCCACACCUGGACGAUUUAUAGACCUGCUAACUAUGAACUCUGGUAAAUUAAUAAGUUCCAAAAAGAUAUCAUUUGUGGUAUUAGACGAAGCAGAUAGACUAUUUGAUAUGGGGUUUGAGCCACAAGUAACCCAAAUUAUGAAAACGAUAAGGCCAGAUAAACAAUGUGUACUAUUUAGUGCCACCUUUCCAAACAAGUUGAGAAAUUUCGCAAUGAGGGUGCUCAAAUCUCCACUUAGUAUAACAAUAAACUCCAAUACGAUGGUCAAUGAAAAUGUAACUCAAAAAGUAGAGUUAUGCAAUAAUGAGUUGGACAAGUUUGAUAUCUUAUUAUCUCUUCUCGAAAAGCAUCAGGCCAAACUUGUAAGCCCAGAGCAGGACGAAAAAGUCAUCAUCUUUGUUGCAAGUCAACAGAUAUGUGAUACACUUUAUGCCAAGUUGGAGAACUAUGAUUAUGAUCUGUUUGCAAUACAUGCUGGUAAAUCCUACCAAGAAAGAAUAACUAAUCUGAAUAAAUUCAAGGAGACAGCGAACAGUAUAUUGAUUUGUACUGAGGUGUUAUCCCGUGGUCUAAAUGUUCCUGAAGUAUCCUUAGUUGUAAUUUUCAACGCUAUCAAAACUUUUGCACAGUACGUCCAUACUACAGGCAGGACUGCCCGGGGUAAUAACCAUGGAGACGCCAUUACUCUACUUUUAAAAGAUGACCUUGCAGGUGCGUUUAUUGUAUUUAAAGCCAUGCGAGAAAAAGAUUUUGAGAAGCUUUCUCUUACAACAACUGAGGAGCUGGGUCGUAUGUGCAAGGAAUUUGAGAAGGGUGUGAAAAGUGGUAAGUUCAAACUUCUCAAGGGGUUUGGAGGAAAGGGGUUAGAUAACUUGGAUACGAAGAGAGAAGAGAAACAAGCUCUGGAAAGAAAGGCGGUAGAUGGUGUAACAAAUGAGACACCUAUUGUCCCUGAAAAAAGUGCACCUAACUUGGAAUCCACCGACAAAGAGUUGGGAAUUCCAAAACUGACUUAUGACGUAAAGAAGAUUGUUGAAGAAGAUGGCUCUACUACAUUUACCGCUCAGGUCAACGUCAAUGAUCUGCCUAAACUUGUUAGGUGGGAAGCAACCAAAAAAACCACGCUACUAUUCAUAAAAAACGAGACUGGUUGCAGUAUUACCACGAGAGGUAAAUUUUAUCCAGAAAAUAAAGCACCCCAAACGGUCACAGAUGAGCCAAAACUUUACCUGCUCUUAGAAUGUCAAGAUGAAAAGGAUAUCAAACUGAGUAUUGAACUUCUAGAGGAAAAAGUGAAGGAGGGAAUAAGAAAAAUAGAAUACCAGACUUUAAAAAGUAAUAAGUUUUAG